CCGCCCCCUGAGGCUCCUAGUCCAGCGCCCAGUCCAGCUCCCGCCCGCUGGCCUCCCGCUGCCCAGGACCCUGUUGUCCGACUCCCCCUGGCCGGGACCCGGGGUGGCGAAUUCGCGAUGGCCAAGCGUAGCUCGCUGUCCAUCCGCAUCGUGGAGGGGAAGAACCUGCCCGCCAAGGACAUCACUGGCAGCAGUGACCCCUACUGCAUCGUGAAGGUGGACAAUGAGCCCAUCAUCAGGACGGCCACUGUGUGGAAGACGCUGUGCCCCUUCUGGGGUGAGGAGUACCAAGUGCACUUGCCACCCACCUUCCAUGCCGUGGCCUUCUACGUCAUGGAUGAGGAUGCCCUCAGCCGGGACGACGUUAUCGGGAAGGUCUGCCUUACCAGGGACGCCCUCGCCUCUCACCCUAAGGGUUUCUGCGGGUGGGCCCACCUGACGGAGAUCGACCCUGACGAGGAGGUGCAGGGUGAGAUUCACCUGCGGCUGGAGGUGGUGCCAGGGCCCCGGGGCUCCCGGCUGCGCUGCUCUGUGCUGGAGGCCAGGGACCUAGCCCCAAAGGACCGGAACGGUGCAUCUGACCCUUUUGUCCGUGUGCGCUACAAAGGCCGGACACAGGAGACCUCGAUCGUGAAGAAAUCCUGCUACCCACGUUGGAAUGAGACGUUUGAAUUUGAGCUGGAGGAGGGAUCUGCAGAGGUGCUGUGCGUGGAGGCCUGGGACUGGGACCUUGUCAGCCGAAAUGACUUCCUGGGCAAAGUGGCAGUGAACAUCCAGAGCCUGUGUGUGGCCCAGCAGGAGGAGGGCUGGUUCCGGCUGCAGCCCGACCAGUCCAAGAGUCGAAGGGAUGAGGGCAACCUGGGCUCCUUGCAGCUGGAGGUGCGGCUGCGGGACGAGACGGUGCUACCCUCCUGCCACUACCAGCCCCUGGUGCAGCUGCUGUGCCGUGAGGUGAAAUUGGGCGUCCAGGGCCCAGGGCAGCUGAUCCCACUCAUCGAGGAGACGACAAGUGCUGAAUGCCGCCAGGAUGUGGCCACCAACCUGCUCAAGCUCUUCCUGGGGCAGGGACUGGCCAAGGACUUUCUGGACCUGCUCUUCCAGCUGGAGCUGGGGCGUACCAGUGAGGCCAACACCCUGUUCCGGAGCAACUCUCUGGCUUCGAAAUCUAUGGAGUCUUUUCUGAAGGUGGCGGGAAUGCGGUAUCUGCACGGGGUCCUGGGCCCCAUCAUUGACAGGGUAUUUGAGGAGAAGAAGUACGUGGAGUUGGACCCCAGCAAAGUGGAAGUUAAGGAUGUAGGGUGCUCAGGGCUGCACCGCCCACAGACCGAGGCGGAGGUGCUGGAGCAGAGCGCACAGACGCUGAGAACCCACCUGGGGGCGCUGCUGAGCGCGCUCUGUCGCUCCGUUCGCGCAUGCCCGGCAGUGGUCCGCGCCACGUUCCGCCAGCUCUUCCAGCGCGUGCGCGAGCGUUUCCCCAGCGUCCAGGAGGAGAACGUGCCAUUCAUCGCUGUCACCAGCUUCCUGUGCCUGCGCUUCUUCUCUCCCGCCAUCAUGUCUCCCAAACUCUUCCACCUGCGGGAGCGGCAUGCAGACGCCCGGACCAGCCGCACCCUGCUCCUGCUGGCCAAGGCGGUCCAGAAUGUGGGCAACAUGGACACACCAGCUUCAAGGGCUAAGGAGGCUUGGAUGGAGCCGCUGCAGCCCAUGGUGCGCCAGGGCGUGGCGCAGCUUAAGGACUUCAUCACCAAGCUCGUGGACAUCGGGGAGAAGGAGGAGCUGGACCUGCAGCAGACGCUGAGCUUACAGGCACCACUUGUGAAGGAGGGGACACUCUUCAUCCACAGGACCAAGGGCAAAGGACCCCUCAUGUCCUCUUCCUUCAAGAAGCUCCACUUCUCACUCACCACCGAGGCACUCAGCUUUGCCAAGACGCCCACCUCCAAGAAAAGCACCCUCAUCAAGCUUGCCAAUAUCCGGGCAGCAGAGAAGGUGGAAGAGAAGAGCUUCGGCAGCUCACACGUCAUGCAGGUCAUCUACACAGAUGAUGCGGGCAGGCCCCAGACGGCCUACCUGCAGUGCAAGUGCGUGAACGAGCUGAACCAGUGGCUGUCCGCGCUGCGGAAAGUGAGCAUCAACAACACUGGCCUGCUGGGCUCCUACCACCCUGGCGUCUUCCGCGGGGACAAGUGGAGCUGCUGCCAGCAGAAGGACAGGACAGAUGGAGGCUGCGAUAAGACCCGGUCCAGGGUGACGCUGCAGGAGUGGAACGACCCUCUUGACCAUGACCUUGAGGCUCAGCUCAUCUACCGGCACCUGCUGGGCGUGGAACCUGCACUGCGGGAGAAGCACCGGGAGCUGAGAGGAGGCACUGAGGCAGGCGCCAUGCCACUGGGCCCUGGCGAAGCCUCCAAGGACCCACUGGCCCAGCUGCUCCAGGUGCUGCAGGAGCUCCAGGAGGCCCAUCGCUCCAGCCCAACCACUCCCCUGCCUUCGGAGCCCCACCGCCUCUUGGAGCUGCAGACGUGAGGCCUGCCCUGUGCUCGGUGUCCAGCCCCCUGCCAGGUGCACUCUCACUGGGGUGCAGGCCCUGGGUGUCUCCUGGGUGGGGCAAAUUGGGGAACAGGGACAAGGGUCCAAGAGUCCAAGGGUCCUUACAGAUCUGACAAGGCCAUGGCCCGUCGUGGCCACCUGAAGUCUCUGGGGGAUUUAGGUGGCUCCACUUCUCUGCCAGACCUGGCUGCCCAAUAUGGCCCCUGCAGCCACCGCUGCCACCAGCCCAGACUCUGCAGGGACCUUCCUCUCACCACCCCUAAGAAGGUUCCUGCCCAGUGGACCGUCCUUCUGGGACCCAGAGAAGGAAACAAUGCAGGGCCCCUGAGAGACCAGGCCUUGACCUCAGCACCCACGGGCUCCCAGUCACCUCCGCCCACUCCCCGCUGCCUGUGCCCCUCAGGAGGGGCCUCGCGGUGCUCUGUUGCCGACAAUAAACCUGCUGU